CCAAGCUUGAAUCUAUGGAUCUCCAGCUUCUAUCUAAGUUAUGCAGAAUGGAUUCAUGGGUCCGGAAACACAACUGCAAUUUUACUCUACUAUAAUUGACUGACAGAGAUAGGCCAGAUUCACAUCCUCUACCCUAGAUAUUGAUAACCACAGUCCUAAACAUUCGAGGCGUUGACGAUAAAUGCCUUUCAACUCACUCUGUCCUCGAAUCACCCAUGUUCUGUGCAUUUUAGGCUUUACUUCCACGAAGACCGCUUGACAGCUCGCCUGAUGUAUUCAAUUACCCGGCUCAGAACGCCGCAAAGGUAUUUUUUCGAUGCAUACCCUCACAUUACGUCCCGAUCAGCCACUGGCAGGGCGUCGCCACAGGACAAAUUACGCACCCGAUGAGGUGUAUACACGACAAGUUAUAUAAAUGGGUCUUUAUAUAAACCUCAUUCACAUAGAGAUGGCAUGCUGGUUCGUCAGCCUUAAUACGCUAUCACCGUCAUCUCGAAGAUAAGUACGAGAGAUGAUUAUCUUUUCGUAAGAAGACACCAUCCCAUAGUAAUCUUAAAGUGCUUAUUAAUGCCGUGCCGGAAGGUGAGCGUAGAUUUAUUACAUAUACUAUCAGUGUCUGGCCAGUUGUUGAGCGUGAUUAAUGAUAUUGGUAUUCAUAGUUACAGACGCGUUAAACUUGCUGACACGAAUACGCAACACUGUCGCAAGAAAUAAACGCGUUUCGCUGCUUAUGCAGCCAUUAGUAAGUGAGUUCGGCUUGUUCGCGCUCCUAACUCAUGUUGUAGAAGUAUAUGAACUGGCGGUAACAGUCGAGUAGAAAGUACGUUCGCUGAAACCGCCAUUCGUGAACCAUGACUAUUCCCACCGAACAGAAAGCUCUCAUCCUUCCUGAGAAGCAGGGACAGUUUGUCGUUGCUACUUGGCCUGUAGACAAGCCCGAAACUGGCGAAGUUCUCGUUCGUAUUGAAGCGACCGCUCUCAACCCUGCCGACUGGAAAGUUCAAGCAUACGGUGGCUUGGUGAAUGAGUACCCUGCCAUCCUCGGAUUUGACUCCGCUGGUGUCGUCGUUGCGGUUGGCGAAGACGUUGCUUCUCCACUUGUCGGAGACAAGAUUCUCUUUCAGUCAACGCUGACACCUCGGCUCGCUGGCUUCAAGCAAUACACCAUUGCCAAGGCUAACGCUACUGCACAGAUACCUGACAAUAUUAACUUUGACCAAGCCGCUACGGUCCCGAUUGGUCUUGGUACAGCAGCCGUUGGGCUGUAUGCCAGAUCUUGGGCUCGCGGCGGUGCGGAUCUUAUUCCAGGAUGGGAAGCGGCCGGCCGUGCCAAGUACACUAACCAGCCUAUCGUCGUCUUUGGGGGAUCUUCCUCCGUCGGACAAUAUGCCAUCCAACUCGCCAGGUUGAAUGGCUUCUCGCCCAUUAUCGCUACCGUAUCUACGCACAACAAUGACCUCGUUAGGUCCGUUGGUGCGACCCAUACUAUCGACCGCCGCCUCUCUACAUCCGCGAUUGUCAGUAAGGUCAAGGAAGUUACUUCCGAACCAGUCGAAGUCAUAUUCGACGCCAUCUCCAUUGCUUCAACCCAGGAAACAGCCUAUGAGAUUUUGGCUUCUGGAGGCAAGCUGGUUCUUGUUCACCCUUCUUCCAUUCCCCAGGAUAAGGUUAAAGCGGACAAGACGGUCAUCAAUACUGGUGUCCUCGCUCCUGACAAUAAGCCAGUCAUAGAGAACCUCUACAAACGUCUCACACAGCACUUGGCUUCCGGUGAUAUCAAGGUAAGCACCAUCUGGGCUGCAUAUGUCCUCCGAUAUCUAAAUGGACAUUGUGCAAUAGCCAAACGCUGUCGAGCUUUUGCCAGGAGGACUUGCAGGUAUCGCUAAAGGUCUGGAGAAGAUGAAGAAUGACGCGAUUAGCGGGAAGAAACUCGUUGCCCAUCCUCAACAGACUGUUUAGGCGUCGUGAUCAUUUUGUUCAUGUAUUAACAAAUUGAAUGAUUCUUUUCGUAUGCAUGCGACCAAUUGCGAAUGCUGUC